GAUCCACCCACCUCAGCCAACCAAAGUGCUGGGAUUACAGGCAUGAGCCACUGCACCCAGCUGAUACUACUACUAUCCCCAUUUUACAGAUAAGCAUAUGGGCAAAUUGAGGGUAAGGCACUGACCCAGGAUCAGACAGCUGAGAAGUGGCAAAGGCAGGAUUUGAACCCAGAACCUCUGGCUCCACACACUAGUAAUCUAAACCACUCUCACUACACUACAACGUAUGUGGUAGAGCCGUGUGGUGGGCACGUAAUCAAUGUAGGUCCCUUCACAGUUGCUGGGAGAGGCAGGAAUUUGCAGUUCCUCUGAGUUCUCCUCCUCCGCUGCCCACCUGUCCUGGGUCACUCCUGCAGCCCCACCCUGCCCUGCCUGUUCUUACCCUCCCUCUGCCAACAGAAUUCUGGGCAGGGUUUUAUGGACUCUGAUAAGGCCCUGGCAGGGCCAAAGUUCAUCAGCACUUCCUCUUUGCAGGGGGGAUAGGGGAGGGGACCCAGGUGAUUUGGGUCCUGGCUGGUCACCAGGUAAGCUGGCAAGGGAAGGGAGACUGGGGUGCGCUCUAGGAGAAGCCGACAGCCUGACAGUCCCAGAAGACAAGCCCUAUGGAUCCUCCCCUGCCAGCCACGCCCUUACCCUGGGUAUAAGAGCCACCACCGCCUGCCAUUCGCCACCAUCUCCCACUCCUGCAGCUCUUCUCACAGGACCAGCCACUAGCGCAACCUCGAGCGAUGGCCUAUGUCCCCGCACCGGGCUACCAGCCCACCUACAACCCGACACUGCCUUACUACAAGCCCAUCCCGGGCGGGCUCAGCGUGGGAAUGUCUGUUUACAUCCAAGGAGUAGCCAACGAGCACAUGAGGAGAUUCUUCGUGAACUUUGCGGUGGGACAGGACCCGGGCGCAGACAUCGCCUUCCACUUCAAUCCGCGGUUUGACGGCUGGGACAAGGUGGUCUUCAACACCCUGCAGGGCGGGAAGUGGGGCAGCGAAGAGAGGAAGAGAAGCAUGCCCUUCAAAAAGGGCGCUGCCUUCGAGCUCGUCUUCCUAGUCCUGGCUGAGCACUACAAGGUUUGCAUGCUUUCUCUCUUGUUUUCUGAGCUGGAGUGCAGUGAGUUCCCUGGCACAGUGGUGGUGGUGGUGGGCCACCCCAGGGCAGGCACCCUCGACAUCUUUCAGUCCCAAAUGUGGGGACCCUCUCAUAACCGCUUUCUCUUUCUGUGCCCACAGGGACCCCCAGUGAUGCCACCUUACCCUGGUCCCGGACAUUGCCAUCAACAGCUGAACAGCCUGCCCACCAUGGAAGGACCCCCAGUCUUCAACCCGCCUGUGCCAUAUUUCGGGAGGCUGCAAGGAGGGCUCACGGCUCGAAGAACCAUCAUCAUCAAGGGCUAUGUGCCCCCCACAGGCAAGAGCUUUGCCAUCAACUUCAAGGUGGGCUCCACGGGGGACAUAGCUUUGCACAUUAAUCCCCGCAUGGGCGACGGUACUGUGGUCCGGAACAGCCUUCUGAAAGGCUCGUGGGGAUCCGAGGAGAAGAAGAUCACGCAUAACCCAUUUGGUCCCGGACAGUUCUUUGAUCUGUCCAUUCGCUGUGGCUUGGAUCGCUUCAAGGUUUUCGCCAAUGGCCAGCACCUCUUUGACUUCGCCCAUCGCUUCUUGGCCUUUCAGAGGGUAGACACGGUGGAAAUCCAGGGUGAUGUUACCUUGUCCUAUGUCCAGAUCUAAUCUAUUCCUGGGGCCAUAACUCAUGGGAAAAUAGAAUGAUCCCCUAGGACUCCUUUCUAAGCCCCUAAUAAAAUGUCUGAGGGUGUCUCAUGA